AUGGCAAUAGUGUUGAGUCAAGUGGUGAACCCAUUGCUCACCACAAGAGUUGUCAACAAAUUGAAACAAAUGAAAGUCCAUUCAGUCGUGGAUUUGAUUUCAUGUGAUUUAUCGCAACUGCAGUCCAAUUGCAGACAAAAAGGUCUUAACUUUGAGAAACUCUUGGAAGUGAGGAAUGAAUUGAGUGCCAGAUUUGGUGCCAAACGCGUGAAUGCAUUGAAUUUAUUGACCGAUUCUGUGGUCAACACUCGUGUCCACGAAUUCUCGACACACAUCCAGAAAGUGGAUGACGUGCUUAAGAGUGGCUUCAGAAGAGGCCGUUUGACGCAAAUUGAAGGCAAUUCCGGGUCCGCGAAGACAUUGUUUUGCUAUAAUUUGAUGACUUCUGUGGCCAAAGAAUACGACGAAAAAGUGCUUUAUUUAGACACAGAAUUGUCUUUUAGUGACCAAAAAGUGGUGGAAAUCUUUAGCAAUAGAUAUCCAGAAACGAGUGAAACAGAAAUGAAUGAUAUAUUGAGUAAAAUAUAUGUAAUCCAAGUGCUGGACAUCGCUUCCCUUCAGAAUGUCAUCGAAAGCAUUGAUUAUGAUUUGCGAACAAACGAGACAUCGGUUUACAAAGAUAUCGGUUUAGUUGUCUUGGAUUCGGUGUCCAUUCUAUUGACACUAGAGUUCAAGAAAAACGGUUUCAAUUCAUUGAUGGACGAGAGAUGUGGUCGCAGACAGAGAGCGAAGACUCGGAACUCGCAGUCAUUUGCGGCGAUCACACAAAUGGCUCAGUCUUUGCGUGCGUUGGCGUCCAUUCACUCGAUGGCAGUCGUCGUCACAAACAGUCAAUUGAUUGCAUUGAAGAACACUUGGAAUAACUUCUGUGAUCUGUGUCUGCAGUUUGAAUGCACAGAAGUGGACGACAAUCAGUCGGUUGUCACGAUUAAGACAAUACAGACGUACGACACGAGUGCUGACAUAUCGCAGGAGAUAUGUCUGGAAAUGGCAGACCUGGGAGUCGGAGACGAUAGCAGUGACAGUGAAAGUAAUGAAGAGAAGUCGAGUCCAAUGAAGAGUUGGCCCGAAAGUGAGUCGCAAAGCGAUUGCGAGACAAAGCAUUCAUAA